AUGACACUCUGCCCUGAAACAACCGCCGGCAAUCAAGCUGAAACAAAGCUCCAAAGCCAUCUACGAGUACGAGAGAGAAAUCCCCCCCCACUUCAUGCUAUGAUGACAAGCGACACGAAAAAAUCUGCAAAUGCCAGCAUGGCGUUGCCUGAAGCCGCAUCUCAGAACCGGAUCGACAUCGUGAGAUCGCUCUUAGACGAAGGAGUCGAUCCGAACGAGAUUGAUGCAAUCGGGUAUACCGCGCUUCACCAUGCGGCAGAUCAGGGGUACUGGGAUAUCGCCAGACUUCUCCUUGAAAAAAAGGCGUCGCCCAUGGCCAAAAAUGCCAGUGAUUCCAUGCCCUUGCAUUUGGCUGUGAAAAGUGGCCACAAACAGCUCGCGCGGCUAUUGCUUGAGUGUGAAAGAAUAGCCCUGGGGGUUUCGAACCAAAGGCUUGACUGCCCAAUCCACGUGGCAGCUGAGAAUGGAGACCUUGAAAUGGUUCAGCUGCUUUUGGAGUUCAAGGCCGACACUUCACGGAGCAAUUCCAUGAACCGGACGGCUCUUCAUAUGGCUGUUAAAAAUGAACAUCGGGAAAUGUGCGAACUUCUUCUAGAGUACGACAAAACCUUGAAGAUUCCCAUUAUGCUUCGAAUGCUUGGGAAUAAGACCGAGGUCAAGACAACGGAUCGAAAUGAUGAAACACCGUUCGCCCUUGCCAUCAAAAAUGGCAAUCUCAAGAUAAUCGAAACCUUUUUCCGCAGUGGAAUGGUGUCGGGGAAGGAAAUUAACACCUCUAAGAGACCUCUGUUCCACGACGCUGUGAAAUUAGGAAAUUGUGAACUUGUCAAACUGUUUCUGGAAAACGGAACAGAUAUCAACAUGAAAGGAUGGGAUUCGAAUAGGGCGAUUCAUGUCGCUGCCAAAGAGAAAGACGUUAAGAUGGUGCAACUAUUGCUCGAGUAUGGGCCUUCGCUUAAAGUAAAGAACGGAUCACAUGAGACCCCAGAGCAGACAUCCUACAACCCAGAAAUCACCAUGAUGCUUCGCAACCAUGGGACAGGAAAGGAGAAAGGCAAGCGAAAGAGCAAAGGUGGAGGAAAGGGAGCUUCGCUGAGUAUAGCAUCAUCUGCUCCUCCUCCUGAAUAUACGCCUGAGGCCAAGGGAACACCUCUGAAGACGUAA